AAACAUCACUCCACCGUGAAAUAGCUUCCGGUGUGGUGGAGUCACGUGAUUAGUUUGCCCUUGGUUUGCUAACUUUAACAUGUGAGCUGCAGAAACAUGUCUGUUACUAAGAAAACCGGCAGUAAAGCUUUGGAUGUUUUACAGAAUUUGCCGCGGAUCACUUUAGCAAACCUACGACCUGAGCCAGGAUCCUGGAAGUGGGGGAGACGACGAGGUAGAGGACAGCACGGCGGUAACAGGAGCGGCCGAGGUCACAAAGGAGAGCGGCAGAGGGGGAACAGACCCCGGCUGGGCUUCGAGGGAGGGCAGACCCCCUUCUAUCUGGUUAUACCAAAAUAUGGUUUCAACGAAGGACACAGCCGGCGUCCACAGUACAUGCCCCUGACCCUGAAACGACUCCAGUACCUGAUUGAUCUGGGCCGAGUGGACCCGGCUCAGCCCAUAGAUCUGACCCAGCUGGUCAAUGCCAGAGGAGUGACCAUCCAACCUCUGAAGAGGCACUACGGAGUCCAGCUGGUGGAUGAGGGAGCUGACAUAUUUGCAGCCAAAAUCAACAUUGAGGUUCAGAGAGCAACUGAAGGAGCCAUAGCUGCUAUCGAGAAGAACGGAGGCGUCAUCACCACCAGUUUCUACGAUCCCAUAAGUCUCGGGAUCCUGAUCAAGCCCGUCCCGUUCUUCGUGAGGGGCCAGCCAAUCCCAAAGCGGAUGCUGCCAGGAGAGGACAUGGUCCCGUACUACACGAGUGCUGAAAACCGGGGUUACUUAGCAGAUCUGGAAGACAUCCAGCAGGCCCGGCGUGCCCUGGCACAGAAGUACGGCUAUGCGCUGCCAGAUAUUUCAAAGGAUGAACUUUGUGACAUGCUUGCCACAAGGAAGGAUGUUCGACAGAUCUUCUUUGGCCUCUCUCCAGGCUGGGUCGUUAACAUGCCGGAGAAGAAGAUUCUGAAACCGACAGAUGAGAAACUUUUGAAAUAUUACAGUUCGUAGGUGUUGGAGGCGAUCUGUGGCCAACAAAAUCAGAAAAACACAGUUUUUUUUUCAUAAAUAUGACAAUUAUUAGUAUUAUGAUUAAAGUUCAUUGGAAGUAUUCAGGUUGUUACCACUU